AUGACUUACUCUGAGUUUGCUUCCCUCAUCGAGUGCUUGCAUCCUAUCCUAGGUCCGGCGAACCUCAAAGAUGUCACACGGACCCUUCGGCCGCUCAGUAUGAACUCCUCCUCAUCUCCCGAGGCAGGUUUAUCAGCACCCCAAGUGGCAACUACUAACAUCCCCUACCUGGUGAGCGAAGUGCUGACGGCUGUGCUCUCAGUGGUGGGUAAUACUCUGAUCUGCUUAGCUGUGUUCAGUGACCGCAGGCUCCGUACCGUCACCAACUACUUUCUGCUGUCGCUGGCUACUGCGGAUAUACUGGUGGGAGCGGUGGCCAUCCCAUGCGCCAUCCUACUGGACCUAGGCAUCACAAGGUGCAGUCUUUACACCUGCCUGCUUAUGCUCUGUAACCUCAUGACCUUCUCUCAAGCCUCUAUAUUCGGAUUGUUGGCUGUGGCAGUGGAGCGCUACAUCUGCAUCUUGUGCCCCUUCCACUACCGGGCACUGGUCACUCCUAAAGCUUCCUUUUUGAUUAUACUCGGUACCUGGCUCUUGGCAGCACUUACAGGCUUGAUGCCGCUUAUGGGGUGGCAUAAGCCAUUUCCACCGGAUGGUGAGUGCUUCUUCAGCACCCUUAUGUCAGACUCCUACAUGGUUUACGUGAUUUUCUUUGGAUGCGUCAUUCCACCGUUGGGAGCCAUGCUUGUCCUCUAUGUCCGAAUCUUCAUGGAGAUCCGCAAACAGAUUCGACAAAUAGCAGAAUGGGAAGUGGACAUCAGUCGGAGGAGCAGAAGGCGGCGGGUGGUGGUCAGAGAGCUCCGCAUGGCCACGUCACUGUUCAUCGUGGUCUUCUGUUUUGUGUUGUGCUGGUUUCCUAUUCACCUCCUGAAUGUUGUACGACUCUAUUGCCCAACAUGUAUGGUACCCGCGGAAUUAAUCCUCUCUGCUGUUAUUCUCUCUCAUGCAAACUCUGCUAUUAACCCCAUAAUCUACGUGUUCCGCAUUAGGGCCUUCCGUAAAGCAAUAGAGACCACCCUGCAAUGCUUCUGUGCAUCGGGGGCCGUAGGGAGUAUAACGGGGUCUAGCCUCGCAAAAGCUGUCCAAGGUCAGGAGGAAGGGAACACAAAGGAUAGACCAUUACCUGGGAAGUAG